AUCACCCUAGGCUCCAGAACUUUGCUUUCUGAAGGGGACACAGCAGGUGUGAGUCCUGGUGACUGCCAUUCCCUGUCUUAGAGAUGGCUCUGCAGACCUCCAGCCUCCUCCUCUCAGCAGCUGUGGUGGCACUGAUGGUGCUGAGCUGCCCAGGGACUGAGGGCGGAGACUCCCCAAGGUAUUCCGUGUUCCAGUUCAAGCCCUACUGCUACUACACCAACGGGACGCAGCGCAUACGGCUCGUGACCAGACACAUCUACAACCUGGAGGAGUACGUGCGCUACGACAGCGACGUGGGCGAGUACCGCGCGGUCACCGAGCUGGGGCGGGGCAUAGCCGAGGACUGGAACAAGGAGUACCUGGAGCGGACGCGGGCCCAGCUGGACACGGUGUGCAGAUACAACUACGAGGGUCCGGCAUCCCACACCACCCUGCGGCGGCUCGAGCAGCCCAAGGUCGCCAUCUCCCUGUCCAGGACGGAGGCCCUCAACCACCACAACUUGCUGGUCUGCUCGGUGACAGAUUUCUACCCAGCCCAGAUCAAAGUGCGCUGGUUCCGGAAUGGCCAGGAGGAGACUGUGGGGGUCGUGUCCACACAGCUUAUUGAGAACGGAGACUGGACCUACCAGGUCCUGGUGAUGCUGGAGAUGACUCCUCAGCGGGGAGAGGUCUACACCUGCCACGUGGAACACCCCAGCCUGGAGAGCCCCAUUACAGUGGAGUGGCGGGCACAGUCUGAGUCUGCCCAGAGCAAGAUGCUGAGUGGCAUUGGAGGCUUUGUGCUCGGGGUGAUCUUCCUCGGGCUUGGCCUGUUCAUCCGUCACAGGAGUCAGAAAGGACCUCGGGGGCCUCCUCCAACAGGGCUCCUACAGUGACUCAGAGUGUUUUGAGUGAGUUGACUGUCUCACACUGUAAGGCCUGCAUUUCCCUGCUCCAAAUACCUGUCUGUGUCAGCCUGCCACUCUUGGAUUCAGAGUCUAGCAUGAUGCCAGUGUACCCAGCUCUUGUGAUCCCCGAGUCCCCAAGUCUGUGGCUCUGCCCUGGGCUAAUUCCAGAGACACCAUCCAUGUACAGAAGCACCAUCUUCUCAAACCUCAGGCUUUCUGCCUCCACUGUCACACUCAGGGUGCUGAUGCACUGAAACCAUUUGCCUUUUUCAUAAUUAAACAUAUUCUGAAUUGUUUGUA